AUGGCCAACACUCAGACUCAGUUGGGCUUCUCAGCUUCACGGACACAUCAGAGUGAACGCCGAACAUGCGGCGCUAUCCAGGGAGUGCUCCCGAGGCUCGGACUGGCCGGGGAGGAACGGGCGGCGAAGAAGAUCAAGGCGACGCAUUGCGGAUCAGGCGUCAUCGUGGCUGGGACGAGUUUCGAGUAUCGACAUCCCUACCUAACGAUGGGCUCAACCAACAGCAAUAAGCCGCAUCGACCUGCUCAGAAUGAGGUCCGGAACACCCCCGGGCAGAAUAGCGCCUCUACCAGCCCACGCCACGGUCGCCACACUUCGAGGACAGCACCAGGCAGCUCUGGAGCUAAUCCCGUCGACUUGACGGGUGAAGAAAGCGAGGACGAUGAUAAGCCGGAGUCUCUCCCCGCCGUGCACAUGGCUGCUGGUUCUGUGGCUCAUAUCGAGCAAGGUCCAAACCAGGCGGGUAGUAGGCGAGUCCGCAGGGGGAGGUUCAGGUUUGAGGUUGACGGUGUGGAGGCAACGAGCUAUGAAGACUUCCAGAGGGGUUCUGCAGCCGGUGGGCUGAAUGAACAAGGCAGUACUCAGAAUAGCUCAAGCCCCAGCCGCAAGCGUCGCCACCGCGACAGCUCAUCGAAUGACUCCCUCCUCGACCAACCUCGUGCAAAGCACCGCCGCUCUUCAUCCGGCUCGCCCUCUCCCUCGCCUUCUCCCUCUUCCUCUCCUUCUCCCCUACCUUCUCGAGCUAUUCAUCGCUCCGGUCACGCAUCCGGUCCCCGCCGAUCGUCCCCCGGUCCCGGCAGUAGAGCAUCCUCCGCCGCCGGCGGCUCCAGGCGACGUAUCCCUCCAGCUAUGUCCCGCCGAGGCUCGUCAGCUGGGUCGCCUGGUCCCGGCAAUGGCUUCGGAGGCCAUGGCCCCGGCGGCGGUGGUCCCGGGCGAGGAGGUCCAGACGGUGGUGGUGGUGCACGCGGUGAUGGUCCUGGAGGUGGUGGUCCUGGCGGUGGCGGCGGCGGAGGCGGUGGUCCUGGAGGUGGAGGUGGUGGUGGUGGCGGUCCAGGCGGAAAUGGUGGAGGCGGAGGUGGUGGUGGUGGCGGAGGUGGAGGUGGUGGUGGUGGCGGUCCUGGCGGCGGUGGAGUUGGCGGUCCUCCACUCGGUCCUCCCGGCGGUCCCCAGCCAGGUCUUCUUCGGCAAUACCAACCACUGCCCGAGCCGGUCUACAAUGCCGACCGGAGCCGAGUCUACCGCAUGGCCGGUAACACCUGGGCGCACACGGAGGGCGUCAAGGCGUUAAACUGGUUCAUGCUAUACCAUGUCAACUGGGACCAGAAUAACCGCCAGGCGCUCAUCGACGCUGCCGGGGUCGAUCCCGCUCUGGUCGACGUUACCGACUUCCUCAACGUAGAAGCGAUGAAGCAUCGCUCGCUCUUGCACUCCGCGAAGGACAAGAUCACAAGCUCCGGGUUCCAGCCGGUCUGGCCCGUCCCCAUCACCUUCUUCUCGGAAAUGGACAUGAUCGACGUUCGGGGCACGCUCGAUCUCGUUUACGUCCCUCGCGAGCUACCCCCGGCGGAAGCAUGUGCGCACUGCCGCCCUCACCUCGGCGUGCACGUCGCCAGCAACGAGCUCGAGGUCAAGUGCAUAUCCGAUCCUGUCGAGCGGGACGGCUGCUACCGUUGCGUCCGCAAGGGUCUGCGGUGCGGCCAGGAGAUGUCGAAGGAGAACGACUUCUUCGUCUUCUGGCCGCUUGCCUUGGUCCUGCAGGAACGGCUCGGUGCCGACGCCUUCGUCGCCCUUCUCCAGCCUGUCUUUGCGACCGCCGAGUCACUCGUCCUGCGGUUCGCGGGACCACAGCACAAGGUCUGGAUUCGCGUAUCCCGGAGGUUGCUACUCGGGACGGGCGGGGUCAAGGAGGCGGCAGCGGCAUGGACGCACGCCAGGCAGUGGAUAGGGAGGGAGAAUCGGACAAGCAUCGCCGACAGGGAAGGUGCUAACCAUCGCCACGUCCGGAGGCUGGACGAAGGGGAGAAGCUCGUCUGGACCUACACGUCUGACGCCCAAAUCGAACGCCGCGCCUUCAUCGCGCUCGACGCCGCCCUGCUCCGCGCCAAGGCAGGUAUCGACGCUCUGGCAGGUGCCAUCGGUCAAGCAGACCCCAACGCCCCUCUGUCUCAGGUUCCGUUACUCCUCCAGAUCAUCGCGAGCCUUGCCGAGGGGUCCGCACUGUCCCGGGCGAGGGGGCGGUUGGUGGAUCUCCGCAGGCCUUUGCGCAUGCCGAGGGUAUGCUACACGUAUGUUGCUACUGCCGACGUUCUGAAACUUCCUGGACAAAGACACAGCAGAUCUCCUGCGGGCAGCGUUGACUAUAGGCUGGGGAGCCUUGGACGCUUUGCUGCAUCUCCUUUUGCUAUACUAUCGUGCGGGUCACUGAGUCUGCUCAGCGUUCCAGUCACAUUGUCUAGCGACCGGCUGGCGCAACACAUGGCCGCUAGCUAUGCCCGCCACAUGGGCACCAAGACUGCACCAAGCUACGAGUAG